AUAUUAAACAACUGUUAAACACAUUCAUACGUCCUUGUUAGUAUAAAUCAAAUCAUCUUUCACUGGGUCACACUUACAUAUCUUUAGCUUGCUUGUAAAAUAUUAGCUAAGCUAUAACUUAAAUCUCAUACAUAAAUAAUUACCCAAUCCAGACUCACACUAAAUUUGCAAUAAUAAAUACAUAAACACAAAACCAAAAAAUGUCCCUCCACCCUCCCAACUUUGACUCCAACUUGCAAAACGCUCAAGAAGAACAAAUUCCCGUAGUCGACUGCAACAUCCCACCACCGAUAACAACCUUUUCCACAAUACUCCAAAGUGGGGCUGGAUUUCACCUGCAGUUACAGUAUUUAACGGACAACAUCAUCACCCCAUUUCGCAACCGCGUCGUGUACGAGAACGCUGGACAAUUAGAGGACAAAGUCUCUCUGGGGAUUUUUCUCUAUGAAACUAAUAAAGAUUCGACAGUACUGAUCGUCGAAGCUCUGAAAAACGAGCUGUCCAUCCAGGAAGCGGGGACAAACUUCGGCUUGAUCACUGUCCAUCAUAACGGUGACUACACGAGGAACUAUUCCACUGGGCUUUGCAAUUUCUUCUCUGACGCCCUCGAAAAAGCUCAGCAGUACGAUUACGCCAUUAUUUUCCACCAAGCUGACGGGAGAAGUAUAUAUGCAGUAUGGGAUUUAGAGAGGCACCUGAUUCCUGGAAAACAUCUCCUUGUCGUUGCUAGCACUGAAAAACAUUCUAUUUCUGGGAAUUUCAAAUUUCUCCACAUUCCGGACUAUAUGACCACCCAUAUGCGGCAGACGGUUGUGCGUGAGUGCACCUCAAAAUGGAUUAAUCUACCUGGACCUCAAGUUAUAGACGAUGUGGUGGGAAAGACGAGCGCAUUUACGAUGUCAAAACGUUAUGUCAGAAGGCGUACAGUUUGGGGCUGUCCAGACUAAUGGAGAGUAGAGGAUUAUCUGACAAGGAAAUAAUUCGGGUGGAGGAUGUUCAAGUAGAGAUGGAGGAUUGGAAGGCCGCGUUUAAUGUAUUGGUUGCGCCAAAUGGA